GAAGUGAUUGGCUAAUAGUGAAUUAUUGGAUUUUGUAAACAUAUCGACGAAGGUUUGCUCGGUGAAAUUUCUAUUUCAAUUUCCAAUCGACUUGAGAAUAUUCAUAAGUGACAUAACGGAAGGUGCAGCGUAAAACAUCCUGUAUCUACAAUGCUUUUCAAAUUCAACUUCAAUGUUUUUAUUAUUGUAGUUUUGAAUCUGUGAACUGGUGGAACGAUUUUACUAGAAUUGACUUGGAAGCUGAAACACGAAUUGGCAUCGAUUAACCGAUAUUGUUUAACUGCUUUGCCGUAUUAUUCGACCUUCUUUAUACGAUUAGUAGAAUGUAUAAGAAUAUAUAAAAGUAGACUUACCAUAAAAUAUGGAAAAUAUCUUUAGACAACGGGACUGAAAAAAGAUGAAAAAAAAAAGGAAAAUGUUGUCGACGCCGAAGGCAAAAGGUGGUUUGUUUUUGGCUUCGUCCCUCUGUGACGGACUGGAGGACAAUAACAUAAGACAAGUGGCGACUCUUUUGUUAAGUAAGGAUGCAGAUCCUAAUGUGUUAAUUCCGACACACGGAGUUACUCCGUUUCACUUAGUUAUUGGCAAUGAUUCGAUAGAAUUUGCAGAAGAAGUCACUAAAUUGUUCUUACGUCAUGGUGGUGAUCCUAAUGUGAAGUCGAAUGAUGGAAUGACUCCAGUUCAUGUAGCAGCAGCUUGGGGAAGAAUAAAUAUAUUGGAGUUACUCUUGGCAAAUGGUGGUGAUCCACUAUGUUUGGACAAUGAUGGACGCAGUCCAUUUCACUAUGCCUUUGAUGGGAAGUAUUUCAAAGCUGUGACAAUGCUUGCAAAAUACUGCGAGGAUGUUCAAGAUGAUGACGAUGAGCCAAAAUAUAACAUGAUGCUUGAUAAAGUUUUGGUUACCAAUGGAGACAUAAUUGCUGAAUAUGUUGCAUCACCUGAUGCGGUACUAGAUUUAAACAUAGAUAAUACACCGAAGGGUAAUAUGCUUUCUGGUUUUUACAAUUGUAAACCAAAUUCUCCCUCUACAAAUCUAGAAUUGAACAAUGUGCAAGAAACGUGUAAUGUUAAUAAAAUAGAGUCAGCAAGCAAUAUAGAUACGGAAUACGGAAAAGAGGAUGUAAGAUCUGCAGAUUUAUUUGAGACUAAUGAUCAGAUGAUUGUUGAGCAGAAUAAUUUCUCACAAACUGAUAGCAAAGAUAUGCUCAAUUAUUCAUUUGUCGAUCUUGAUUUUGACUUUGCAAGCCUGCAUCUUUCAGAUGUCAUACAAAAAGAAAAGUGUCUCGUCAGUAAGAUCAUUAAUCAUCUCUCAACGACAUUAACGAGCGAUUGUACCAUUAAUGAAACUCUGCAAAAUCAUAAGAGGAAUAAGCAAGAGGGUAACAAUGUUACGGACAAUUCAGACAUGUCGUUCCCAUUAAAGAAGAAAGUAAGAGCGCUUAAUGAGUGUGGAUAUCGCAAAGUUCCAAAGAAUUUCUCAUCUAAGCUUAAACAUAAUUGCAAUAAAGACAUUUUUAAAUCUAACGCUCCCAGUGUAAGAAAGCAGUGCUCAAAGUUCAGCACAGGGAGCACUUCCAAAAGAAGGUACAAAAAAACCUCGGACAAGAUUCUCUCGACACCACCCUGUGUCUUGGAUAAUUCCAUUAUUAGUAUGUCGCCGAAUUUUAACACGUCCAAUCAUAGAAAGAGGAUAAAAACCACCAAAACUCCAUUGAUACUCUCACGUGUUCAUAAUGACGACAUUGUCAGUAGAUCGCCUAAUUUUGCAACGCCAGUUCGUGCAGGUGGAAAAAGAAGCAUAGAGAAAACGUCACUUUUUAACGACUGUUUAUCCUCGAAAGCAUUCAAGAAAUCUCACGAAUACAAAACUGAAACGCAACAUUCUGAAUUUAAUCGAUGCAAGAGAUACAUCGCUCAGUCAACGCCGAGAAGAAAGAAGAGAUCGAUAUACAAACUCCAUUCUGGUAAGAAACGACUCGAUUGUUAUCGGCAAGAAGGCGACGUUACUGCCGACGAAUUUAUUACUCGUAACACCUUAAAGCCGCUCAACUUGGAUAAGACCAUUUUCUCGGAGGUGGCUGACGAUGUGACUCGCCAUGAUACACUGAACUCUAAUUUCAGACCUUUGUUGUUAAGCUCUAAUGGAACUUUGGAAAUGGAACGUCUGAAUUAUUAUAACAACUAUAUGGCGGUAAAAGUGGACGAAAGCAACAAGUACGACGAUGAAUCAGCGCAUGAUAACAACGACUCGAGUCAGAUAGAUUUAGAUAAUGGUUUUAAUCAAGUGGAAAAAAAGAACGAGACCUUCGACAGUUUCGACUAUGACAAAAGGGAUGAGAUAAAGCAUUGUGAGAACGAGCAUACGAAUUCCCCAUUUGUGACGAUUCGAAGGAAUAGAUUUAAAAUUGAAAAGACAACCGAGACGACAGAUUCGAUCGCUAAUAACUUCGGAUCUACAACCACAUCGUCACACGGUGAAAAUUCUGUGAAUUGCGUUGAGUGUGAUACUAAGAAGUUGUUAAAUGAAGAUAUAUGUAUAAAUAUAAGUAAGACCUGUAAUUUACACGCAAAAAGUUGGUGCAGCAAUAAAUUCCACGAAUCCUUUCCACGUAAAUCGGAAGCGGAGAACGAUUCGCUCAUUUUCAUGGUGAAUUCACUUACAAAACGUGGGAGACAGAUCUAUUUGCCGAACUCUUCAAAACUGGACGAGUACAAUAUCGGACCCAGAAAAGCAGAGGACACGUAUGAAACAAGAGACUCGAGUAUACAUAAAAAUAAAAAGAGCUCAUCCUUGCUUUCGUACGUCACUACUCAAGAAGAAUAUAAGUACGAAGAUCUCGACGAGGGCGUGAUUUUAGUAGAACGGAAACUUUGCGUUUCACCAUUUACUACUUUCAGUGGAAGUGAAUACGAUUUCAAAAGCGGAAUAACUACAUCUGGUGCCUCAAGUAUGUCGGGUGGCCAGAACUUGCCGAAACAACUGUUAAUCGACGACAUUGCACUCAGAAGGGAACUUGCUCAACUUGGCGACCAACCUGGACCAAUCACCAACACCACCAGACACGUUUAUCAAAAACGUCUUAUGUAUUUGAGAAGCAUCAGAAAUACCAAUGCCUUACCGAGGCUGUCAACGCCACGGAUCGCCCCGAGGAAUCACACGGGACAGCGUCAUCAAGUUAUCAAGUCUCAUUUAGAGUUUGGAGAUUGGACGAAACAUCUGGAUACCUACAGGAGUCUGGAGAAACAGGUGUUCCAGGAGUUUGUAUCGCCAAAUCCGUCUCGGCGAUGGCGCGAGGGCAUGUCACAGACAUCUUUCAACUAUCUGCUGUUAGAUCCACGGGUGACGCGAGAUCUGCAACAUCGUAGUGUUUAUCUUACGGAAUCUGAAAUAUGGUCGAUAUUCCUUAAUGCUGUAUUUUACAUCGGGAAAGGCAAACAUUCCAGGCCGUUCGCACAUCUCUACGAUGCUUUCAAAGUGUGGGUCUCGCAGACGUCCGUCAGCGCGAAUAAGAAGAUCAACCGCAUCCUCGACAUAUGGAACAACGAUCACGGCGUGAUCUGUCUGCACGUAUUUCAAAAUGUCAUCCCAGUGGAAGCGUACACGAGAGAAGCCGCUAUGAUAGACGCGAUUGGAACGGAAUGUUUGGGAAAUUGCAAGGGCGGUGCGUACUAUGGUAUCGUUGCGACAUGGAGCAUGCAACAGAAACAAAAAUUCGGCAGAUACUUAUUGUACAAAGCCUUGCGGAUUUUAUUGCACGAAGGAGAACGUCAGCUUUUCCCCCAGAACUUGUAAUUGAUUUUCGGUAUCAUACAAGUAAAGAUCUCAUUCGUGUAUAUGCGCGUGUGCAGUGCAAUAAGUUGUAUGCAAUUUUGACAUGCAGACAGCAAAAAUUUGCAAAUUAUAUCAUCAUGUACCUGUCAGUCUUUGAUCAAACUUUCGCUAUGUAAUGAUCACACAUGUACAAAUAAUGGAAACAUAAAUCUGUACAAAAUAUAUUUUUAAAUUGGAAAAAUAUUAAACAUUGGUCGCUAGAGAAUAUCACUUUAAGAUGAAUCGGACGGAUCAAG